AUGGGCCUCAACGAACAGUCCGAUACCUCCGAUAAUCAUGAAGGCACAGUCGCUUAUUCUGUGCAAGAUUCGGAAGAGACCCGAUACUCGAUGCAGGGAAGUUCAAGGACACUGUUAUCACCAUCCUGGUUCCACAAUGCAUUCAGAUACUCCAUGGUGAAUGAGGACGACCUCGAACCAGAUGCACCAAUGCAGGUGCCAAGGAUGCGUCGAGAGCUGGAUCGUCGGAGGCGCUCCCUUUGGAUCUGGCGUUCUGUUGCGGCUCUCUUUGCAAUCAUACUGCUCGUGGUUGAGGUCAAGAAUUAUGGCAUGCUAGCAACAGCCGAUGUUACUUCUAGCACUGUUCACGACGUGCAUAUGCAGUGCGGUGACACGACACGGUGCCGCAUAGAUCGAUCUGAGGCCGCAAUCGCCUCGGCAUUGAAUACCGACUUGGAAGAGAACCAACCGUUCAAAGUGUGGCUUGAUCCAGCCGGGAAAACGGAAAUCACAGAUUGGAGCAAACUCGAGAUUGGAACUCUAGUAUGGACAACACAGCGUCAUCACAUCUCCCAUUGCCUGAACAGUCUUGCGCAAACAGCCGCGCUUUUGAAGUUUGGUGAAGCAGGGGAGAUGGCGGAUGAGUCUGCAAGGGAUUGGGAGCAUACAGAAUAUUGCUUACAGAGCAUUCUUACUGCAGCUAGUGCUCUUGAGGGAUGGGAUCAGAUCAAUAGCUUCUUCCCGAUUAAGGCUGGUGCUUUGAUCGCGCUGGCGACGAUUGUAUCACCUCACUCUCUUCACAACUUUGGGGAAAAUACACGUUCUAUCAGCCAUUGCAAAACACAAUUGAGGGGCCCUGGGCAGCAAGAUCACGCGAGCAAACGUCGAGCGGAGAGAGUCGCUCACCUGAAGAGAGACUUGAUCAACACUCAACAGGGUCAUCGCAAUGUCCGAAAUCGAGACCUAAGUGAUAUACUGCACCAUAACCACGAAUUCACGCGCGAAGCCUUGAGAGAAAAUGGAGAUGACGUACUCUUGUUUGCAGAUCACACAUCCUACACACUCCAGGGAGAGAUGAUCGAGGGCCCCUAUUAUGUGAACGGGGAGCUUGUUCGGAGCAACAUAUCUCAGGGCCAAGAAGGAGUACCACUUUUCCUUGAUAUUCAGCUCAUCGACACGUCCACAUGCCAUCCAAUAGCGGAUGCAUUCGUGGAUAUAUGGCAGGCAAACGCGACUGGAGUGUACAGCGGGGUGGUUGGCCUAGAUAAUGGCAACUUCGAGGACAAGUCGAACGUCAAUACAAACUUUCUCAGAGGUAUUCAACAAACAAAUUCCAACGGCGUUGUCCAGUUUCAGACGAUUUUCCCGGGACACUACGAAGGACGGACGACUCAUAUCCACCUUCUGGUGCACAACAUUGCGUCGACAAUAGUUCGUUCUAACAAUACCAUCGAGAGCUCGGAUACUGAACAAGAACCAAGAGCUGUGCACGCCUCGCACGUCGGACAGCUGUUCUUCGACGCUUCACUGAUUGGACAAGUCGAAGCUCGGUACCCUUACAGCGCAAACAGCCAACAUCUAAUCCUUAACUCGGAAGACGCCGUUCUUAUCAAAGAGGCAGACAACUCGGACCCUCUGGUCCAGUACGUGUUUUUGGGCAAGACCGUGCAGGAAGGUAUCUUUGCAUGGAUCACUCUGGGAAUUGACCCAGAAAUGGAUAUCGGGUUGAAGAGUUCUGCGUCGUGGUACGAUGGUUUUGGUAAGCAGUGGCGCAAGCUCUGGUACUGA